CAGAAAGAAGAACAUGUAAUGGGUGUAGCCACGUCAUCUCCAUAGCUUUCCCUUUCUACAAUAAAAAGACCAAACAUUUGAAUCAAAUUCUCUUUAUACAAACUACUAACCUCAAACAACUUCUUCACCUCUCAUUUCUCCCUGUUUCUGUACAAAUUAUUCAGUUCAUUCCUACAAAAAAAAAGAUUGUAUUUUUACUCUUAUUUGCUUUCUUUUUCCCUUCUGCUCACCCCCUUCAUUAACUACAGGUAUAAUCAAUUCAUUGCUUAAUUAAUUUCAGAAAGUGAAGAAAAGGAGCGUAGGUGUUGCGGAAAGAUUUAUAUUUUUACUCGUACUCUGAUUGCAUCCGGGGUCACUAUUCGGAGAAAUGGAUGGCGGGGAGGGCAGAACACUAUCGACUCAAGAUAUACAACUGGUUCAAAAUCGUAUUGAACAGUGUCUUCAGCAUUACAUGAAUAAAAAAGAGGUCGUUAAUGCUCUCAGUGUUCAGGGCAACAUCGAGCCUUGUGUGACUGAAUUAGUUUGGCAGAGGCUUGAAGAUAAAAAUCAAGAAUUUUUCAAGGCUUAUUAUCUCAAGUUGUUGGUGAAGGAACAAAUAUUGGAAUUCAACCGUUUGCUUUCCGAACAGGCGGAUCUGAUGCGUAGAGCCCCUUUAAACCGAAUCACUCCUUACCUUCCAUCUAACGGAUCACACGUCUCACCAACACAGCAUAUCUCGAAUACCCAAAAUACCCAACUCGUGAAAACAGAGAACACGCAGCAGGCGAAUACGUCCAACAAUUGUGGAUCAGCAAUCCAACCAUGCAUGCAAGGAGCUAUCAAUGGGCCUGUUCAUACUAGAAAGAUCGACGUUUCUCCAAACCUGCUCCUUUCUCAGAACUCAGAGCUGUCUCAGAUGAUAAACGGGAAAUGUGUGAAGACAGAAGCCGGUUAUGCUGGUAGCUCGCCUUUCGCUUUUAGUCCACCUAGCAAUUAUCUGGAUCCACGUCCUCGGAUUGGUGAUGCGUCCGUGUCAUCUUUCAGUAGCGUAGAUUCUAACGCACAGCAUCUCAACAACACUCUCAUGGAUGGAGACACUUCCGCCUUUGGAUUUUUCGCGCAUAGUUUCCCCGAGCUGGAAGCUGAUUUCACAACUGGUUCUGAAUUACUGGAGAGUUACUGUGGGCCUCCCUUCGUACCAACCGACACUAACGACUUUGUGCAUCCUCACGGGGGAGUCGAGAAUCUGGAACCUGGAUCGAAAAAUAUGAGAUUUCAGUGCUUUGGUGGCGAUUGACUCGAUGUUCCAAGUUUUUGCUUGAUAGGAACAAAAUGAAUCAUCUCAACACAACUACUUCAAUUCUGGAGUAAGAUUUAGAGACUUGUUUAACAUUUUGGGUGGUUUAGUUGUAUGGUUGUUGUUAGGUUUCAUCUAUAUUUAUGUAUAGUGAUGCUAAAGUUGUAUAAAUAGGCCAUUGUUUGUUUGUGUACAUUGUAUUUGUAUAAAUGUUUUGUUUUCCA